GACUCCCCUCCCCACUCCCCCCCUUCUAGUCGGUCCCUCCCUUCUCCCCCAUCCCAUUUUCCCUCUCCCAUUUCCUCCCCCGAACCUUCACCCUAACCUGCUCCCCCUUACCCCGCUGCUCCCUGACAUGUUCCCCACCUGCCCUCCCCACCCAUACCUUCUUUCCAGUAGUUGCAGAUCAUCCAUGGUGAUGUCUAUAAGUCAUUUGUAUUAUCGCAGAAGAUUUCACUGGGACUUAAACAGAACCUUAAUGCGAUCUGUAAAACCAUGAUGGAUAAGAUAGGGUGAACAAAGACUCACCCACCAAAUCCUGCCUGCUAUAACCAGAAGAAUUCCCUUAAAGAAGCUGGAGAGGGGAAACAGGGCAAGUGAGAAUCUUAACCUCACUUAAUGGGUACUGACCUUGGGGGCUUGUCAUGCCCAAAAGAUGGUUAUAGGCUAUAAAUAAGAAAUCAGGAAAGGGGAAGGUAUGGUAAUGAGAGGUUAAGAGACUUCUGAAGAACAGGUAAAAUAUGUUUGGGGAGGACUCCCAUUCAUUAGGCUUGACCUCCAAGGGCACCAGGCCCCUCCAUGGUUUUUCCAGUAGCAUCUGUGUUCAGGACAGGGGCCAGGGCUAAUAACUUAAAGGCUGUCAAGUGUCCUUACCUUUCCUCAGUCCUUGGAUGUCUGCCACAUACCCAUUUCACAGAUUGUCAACUGAGGCCCAGAGUAACAAAGCCAUUCCCUGGUGUCCCACUCCUGGACCAUUAUCAGUGCCCAUUCCUGGGCUUUUGGAUGAGCACUAGCACUUCAGGUAGUCAGUAUUGUAGUCUUAUUAUAGGUAGAAGGAGCUGGACUUCCAGCCACCUCAACACAUAGGCCCAUCAUGUGUCCUCCUUUUGGCUCUGAGUCCUGAUUCCUGCCCUACUUGAACCAUCAUUUCUCUGUUUUUGAGACCAUCUGAUUCCAUCUGCUCUCUGGUUGGGCCUGUCCCUGGACCCAUGGACUUCCUGCUGUUGCCAGAGGUGCUCUGUGACCCUGGAGCAUGAGCUGCCUUCCUGGGGUCAGGUGGCUUGUGGUGUGUGUGCUUUUCCUGGGUCACCAGCCAGGUGGGACAGAGUAGAGGCUGAAGAGCAUUGACUCACAGUGAUGUCACCUGUUUUUGGUGGACAAGCAAGAGACUCGAAGAUGCAGGCACUUUGAGGUUCUGGGGGAGGAGAGGUCUGGGUAGUGAGCUCUCUGUAGCCUUUUUUUCCCCUGAAGGACGAUGUGACCCUGACACCAAGAAAGCCAUGUGGCCUUCUAGACUCACCUUACAUCAGAGCAGCUAUGCCAAGGGUCUGGCUUCUAGCUGGAGUUAGUGUACGGGGAGACCCUCCUGGCCAGUAAAAAGCUACAGCAUGGCAGCACAGUUCGAGACCUGAGGUAGGAGAGUCUGCACUCAUAAGACACCUCUCCCUUGUCAGGAGCAGAAGGCCGUGAGAUACCUGACCUGGAGUGGUUCCUCUCAGAGACACUUGUCCCCAGGGAGGAGAGCAAGCUUAAGUUCAGGAACUCAGCAGGAAGUCACCUCCCCCUUGCAGUAAGCUUGGAGGGAACUAGAAAUGUUUGUGGUCUCAUCCUUGGCAGAGGCGUAAGGGGGUGGAAUUCCCCGUGCCCAUGUGAUACAGGAGGUGGCCCUGGGCCUCAAGACCAGCACCUGCCCUGUCUCCCUCCUCCCUGCCUCUGGAGGCUCUAAAACUGUGGUACUGGACCAGCAGCAUCACCUGUGCCUUCUUAGAAAUGCAGGUUCUUCUGACUUGGGGGGUCUGAGCAGUCUUGUCCCCAAGAGUCAGUGUGCUGGAGUUAGAGGAGAGGCAGUUCUGAAAAGAACAGCACCUGCCAUGAACUCCGACCUUGGACUCCUGCCUCUUUCCUGCCCUUUGCUUUUGGGACAACGAAGUGGGCCUGACCAACUCAACCUCUGGGGUGGGAAAGAAUUGCCACUGUCAUGUCUGGGGAGAGCGUGGGAUGGUGGUUUUUUAACUAAUUUUUUAUUUUGAGAUAAUUACAGAUUCACGUGCAGUUGUAAGGAAACAAGGAAAGAACAGUUGUAUCUUGUACCCGUUUCUCUAGUGGGAAGAUCUUGCAAAACUAGUACAGCAUCACUCCAGAAUACUGCGUGGAUACAGUGGAGGCGCAGGUCCAUCCUGCUUUCUUACAUUCACACCCACUUCCCUCCCCUGAGCUUAACCCGCUGGCUACCAUUGCUGUGUUUUCAUGUCUAUAUUUUCGGCAUUUCAAGAAUGUUACAGAGUGGUAAUAAUUCAGUGUGUAAUUCUUGGGCACUUUUUCCAUGCAGCAUAAUUCUUUGGAGCGCCUACAGGUGGGUGCCUGUACCGUUGGUUCUUUGUAUGCCUUCAGGUCGUGGAUGGACCACAGUUGAUUCCCUCUUCACCAGUGAAAGUCAUCUGGGGUUCCAUUCUUUGCCUAUUAGGAGUAAAGCUUCUGUAAGCAUUUUUGUACAGAUUUUUAUAUGAACAUAAGUUUACAUUUCUCUGAGAUAAAUGUGCAGUUGCUGGGUUAUAUGAUAGCUGCAUGCUUAGUUUUACAAGAAACUGCCAAACUGUUUUCCAGAGCGGCUAUACCAUUUCACAGUCCCACCAACAGUGUGCAAGAGACCAUUUUUCCUUGCCAGCAGCCACAGGUGUCUUUAUUUUUCAUUUGAGCCAUUCUGAUAGGUGUGUAGUGAUGCCUCGUUGUGGUUUUAAGUUGCAUAUCCCUGAUUGUCAUUGAUGUUGAAUGUUGUCACCGGUGCUUAUUUGUCACCUGUAUUCUCUUCAGUGAGGUGUCUUUUCAUGUCUUUUGUCCAUUUUCUAAUUUGAUUUUUUUUAGUUAGAGAAUUUUGAGAAUUUUUUUACGUAUUGUAAAUAAUAGUGACUUGUCGAAUAUGUAGUCUGUAGAAGUUCUCCCAAUCUGUAGCUUGUCUUUUUUUUUCAUACUCUUAAUACAGUCUUUCAGAGCAAAUGUUUUCAGUUUUUGCUUUCAUGGAUCAUGUGUUUGGUGUCAAAUCUAAGAACUCUAUCUGUAGUCCUAGAUCCUGAAGACAUUCUCUUCUGUAUUUUCCUAAAGUGUUCCUAGUUUUGUGCAUUUAAAUCUGUGGCCCUUUUUCUGGUAACUUCUGUACGAUAUGAGACAUUGGGUCUUUUUUCUUUUGCCUGUGGACAUCCAGCUGCACCUGCACCAUUAGUUGAAAAUGCUCAUCAUUGCAUAGAUUUUGUCAAAAAUCAGCUAUGUGUAUUUGCAUGGGUCUGUUUUAGGUUCUCUCGUUCUCUGGGCUGUUCCAUUGCUGGGUGCGUGUGUCCCUCUACCAACACUACAGUCUGGAAUUGCCUACCCAUAUUUGAAGUCCUUAAAACCCUCCAUGUUGUAGGGCCUCCCCUGGUGGCGCAGAGGCUGCCUGCAGCCUCUGCAGCGCCAGUUCGAUCCCCGGCCACUGGUGACGGUCCUACACACACACACAAAAAACCCUGCAUGUUGCUCCAGGCCCCACUCAGCAGGUCUGGGAAGGAGUUUCUGGGCCUUCAGGGGCCCCAGUGUCACCAUCCUGAGUCAGACAGUGGGGACUGAGGACCAUACAUAGCCUUCCCUUGCCCCCUGGGUGAUCUUGGCUCCCAGGCCUGCUUAAUAGUGGGAACUGGGCUGGGGGACAGAAGGAGAGGAGCCUGGGGUGAGGAGUUGGGGGUCAGGCCAGGUAUAAGGUGGGACUCAGCUGACUGCCUCCCUCUUCCUCUCACCAGAUGGGUCACUGCCCUUCUAGCCCUGGCUCUGUUUCAAUUCUGGGGCUCAUUUACCUCAGUGUUCCAUGGUGGGAAGGGCCAGUGAGGACCACACCCUGCAAAGGCAGGCCUGUCCAUGUUAUGCCGGUGGCCUAAGUGACAGUCCCUCACUGCCCUGGGCCUGAGUGUGGGACUCACUCUCCUUAUAUUUGCUAAGGACAUGAUGAUGAUCCUUUGUCCUGCAGCUACUGUGUCAGUGAAGUUUGUUCAUGGACAGCACUCAGGAAUGAGAGCCCUAGAGUUGACUGGUGCCGGGCCAUCAUCUCUCUCAGGACAUAGGAGGCACUGUGGGUGCUGGGGGCUAGGAUUGAACCCCAUAGAUUAGCUUGUCUCCAGAACAAGCUAGAAGAAGGUACCCAGCCUCUUUGCUUGGGCCUCCCCAGGCGGCCCCCUGGGAACCAUACCCAGGUACCUCCUGGCUAGGCUGGACAGAAGUGGGUGUGGAAGGUGGCCUUGGGGACAUCAGAGCCCAUCUGUAAAGAGCUUGCUUGUAGGGGUGUCAGAGGGCAUUGGCAGCCUGGAGGAAUGGCAGCCCCUGCCUCAUCUUUUUUCUAAGCUACUAAAUGGGAGGAGGGUCUGCAGCAGGAAGAGGCCACUGGCCACUGCUGCUAAGCGCCCAUUGGCCCCUUGCUGUGUCCUUAGGUGGCUGCCAACCCUCUACCUGUUUCACAGUGUGUGUUCCUGCUCUGUUAGGAACUCGCUGUGGGGGUCAGAUCUGCCUGCUUGGCCCCUGUGCCCCCAACAGUCUCAGGCAGUCCCUCUGGCCCCAAGUUCAAAAAGCAGCUAAGCCCCACAGAAGAAGCAGUGAGGCUACUUCCUACAACCCACCAACCUGGGCUUUAGGCUACUUCAAAGCCAAUGAACCCCAUGAACCCCAUGAAACCUGCCCUGCCCCCCGCACCACACAGUGAUGGUCCAUUCGCUUACGAGGCAGUGCCUUGGCAACAAAGUGCCACUCAGCCAGCAGGAUCGCUGUCCGUGGUCACAACCGUGUGGGGAGUCGGCAACGCAGCCCAGAGCCAAGUUUUGGGGAACCCCAUGGGCCCUGCAGGGAGCCCCCCCAGCACCUCCAUAAUGCCUGGCAUGGCAGGUGGCAGCUCCACCCUGAACUCUCCACAGUGCCUUGGACAGCAGGCAUUUGGUGAAGGUGGCACACCCAAGGGCUACGUGCAGCAAGGGGUGUAUGGCCGUGGGGGCUACCCUGGGGGCCCUGGCUUCACCACUGGGUAUGCGGGGGGCCCAGGGGGCCUCGGCCUCCCCUCACAUGCCACACGACCUUCCACUGAUUUUACUCAAGCAGCGGCAGCUGCUGCUGUGGCUGCGGCUGCUGCCACAGCCACAGCCACAGCCACAGCCACAGUGGCUGCCCUCCAGGAGAAGCAGAGCCAGGAGCUGAGCCAGUACGGAGCGAUGGGGGCUGGACAGUCUUUUAACAGCCAGUUCCUGCAGCAUGGAGGACCCCGUGGGCCCAGCAGCAUGAACCCUACCAGCGUAGGAGGGCUGAUGAGCUCCUCUGGCAUGAACCCCAUGGGCAUGAACCCCACCCGGGCAGCAGGCAUGGCAUCCCUGUAUGCAGGGCAACGCCUGCCCCAGCAUGGGUACCCUGGGCCUCCCCAGGCCCAGCCAUUACCCCGACAGGGGGUCAAGAGAGCCUAUUCCAGUGAGGUGUAUCCAGGACAGCAGUACCUGCCAGGAGGCCAGUAUGCACCUGGCCCUGGGCAGCCCCCUGCCCCUUCCUCCUACCCUGGUCACAGACUGCCCCUCCAACAGGCUGUGGGCCAGCCCCUUUCCGCCUCCAACCCUGCAGCACUGCAUUACAAGCCUGCAGAGCAGUUCAACGGGCAGGGCGCCAGCUUCAACGGGGGGAGCAUCGGCUACAGCCAGCCUGGCCUGAGUGGGCCCACCCGUUCCAUCCCUGGCUACCCCAGCUCCCCACUGCCGGGGAGCCCCACGCCGCCCAUGACCCCCAGCAGCAGCGUCCCCUACAUGUCCACCAGCCAGGAAGUCAAGUCUCCCUUCCUGCCUGACCUCAAGCCCAGUGUGAGCUCCUUGCACCCGUCACCCCCCGGCAGUGGCCCCUGUGACGAGCUGCGACUGACCUUCCCUGUGCGUGACGGGGUGGUCCUGGAGCCCUUCCGUCUGCAACACAACUUGGCUGUGAGCAACCAUGCCUUCCAGCUCCGAGACUCCGUCUAUAAGACCCUGAUGCUGAGGCCUGACCUGGAGCUGCAGUUCAAAUGCUAUCACCACGAGGACCGGCAGAUGAACACAAACUGGCCGGCCUCGGUGCAGGUCAGCGUCAAUGCCACCCCACUCACCAUCGAGCGUGGUGACAACAAGACCUCCCACAAGCCCCUGUACCUGAAGCACGUGUGCCAGCCUGGCCGCAACACCAUCCAGAUCACCGUCACUGCCUGCUGCUGUUCCCACCUCUUCGUGCUGCAGCUGGUGCAUCGGCCCUCUGUCCGCUCCGUGCUGCAGGGCCUCCUCAAGAAACGGCUCCUGCCCGCUGAGCACUGCAUCACCAAGAUAAAGCGGAACUUUAGCAGCGGCACCAUCCCUGGCACCCCUGGACCCAACGGAGAGGAUGGGGUAGAGCAGACAGCCAUCAAGGUGUCCCUGAAGUGCCCCAUCACCUUCCGCAGGAUCCAGCUUCCUGCGCGUGGCCAUGACUGCCGCCACAUACAGUGUUUUGACCUGGAGUCGUACCUACAGCUCAACUGUGAGCGGGGGACCUGGAGGUGCCCAGUAUGCAACAAGACAGCUCUGCUGGAGGGUCUGGAGGUGGACCAGUACAUGCUGGGCAUCCUAAUUUAUAUUCAGAACUCAGACUAUGAGGAGAUCACCAUCGACCCCACAUGCAGCUGGAGGCCGGUACCUGUGAAGCCUGACUUGCAUGUCAAGGAAGAGCCGGACGGGCCAGUGCUGAAGCGCUGCCGCACUGUGAGCCCCGCCCACGUGCUCAUGCCCAACGUGAUGGAGAUGAUAGCUGCCCUGGGCCCUGGGGUCACCCCCUUCGCCCCCCUGCAGCCCCCCUCCACCCCGGCCCCCAGCGACUACCCCAGUCAGGGUUCCAGCUUCCUAGGACCUGGAACCUUCCCUGACUCCUUCCUGCCCACCACACCCAGCACCCCGACCCUUCCUGAGUUCACCUCUGGACCACCCCCCAUCUCCUACCAGUCCGACAUUCCUAGCAGCCUUCUGACGCCAGAGAAGUCUGCCCCCUGUAUCCCCGGUCAGAUGGCACCAUCAGGUCACCUGGACCCAGCUCACAAUGCUGGGCUGCCAGGGCUGCACGCUCCUAACCUUGGAGGCCCCCCAGGGCCCCAACUGCACCAUCCGAAUCCUCCCCCUGCAUCACGGCAGCCCCUGGGCCAAGUGAGCUCCAGUCCUGUCAACGAGCUGACCUUCAACCCUGCCACAGGCGUCAUGGGGCCCCCCAUGUCUGGUGGGGGGGAGGCCCCAGAACCAACCCUUGAUCUGCUUCCAGAGCUGACCAACCCCGAUGAGUUGCUGUCCUACCUGGGCCCGCCCGACCUCCCUACAAACAACAAUGAUGACCUGCUGUCCCUCUUUGAGAACAACUGAUCCUGUUGACCCUCCUGGCAGGGAGAAGCCACAGAUGUCACCGCGCCCUGCCCCCCACACCCAACCCCAUCUGACACUGGCUGCCCUCCCUGCACCCUCCCUUCAUGCACGCCUGGAGCCAGGCCCUGGGCCUCCACCUCCUGGUCCCUGAAAGCAACCCACUGUUGGGAGGGACCUUGCAGCAGCCCGCACCCCCACCAAGCUCACUGCUGCAGAACAAAUGAUGAGAUGCCCAGCCCCGCCCCCUGUCCACGCCUAUCCGUGCCCAGCAUCACCCUGUCCUGGCUCACCUCAUCCAUGUCCUGCCCCUCCGUGGUGCCUCCACGAACAUUUGCAUCCUCUGCCACCCUCUGCCCCUGCCUGUACCUACUGGCCUGCUUCAUGUUCAACGUUAACCCUUGUGUUUUGAUUCCUCUGGGACCUGCAGAGCCAGCAAGAGUGGGGCUGGCUCUGUACUGACCUGGAAAUCGCCCAGCCCCGGCGUAGUUGGUGGUGGUGGAGGUCACUUCCCACCCCGUCUCCGGGCAGAGGCUGAGAGGGGACGCUAAAGCACAAGGAUGUACAUGGUGUAGAAACACCCAGAGCUGUAGGGCUGCCAGUCCUCUGGACCUGCCCCCGAGUCACUGGGCAGGAGGGGGGCUGACAGUGUGGGGGCGGCGCUAUUUCCAUGUACGAAUUCUCCAGCGGGCUGCUCUCCCGGGUGGUUCCCUGUUUCCGUGAGAGUGAACAGUUAGCCGCUGUGUUUUUUAAAAUCUCCUCCCGGCUUCACUCUGGGGCCAGGCCAGGUGGGGGAGGGAGCCACCGCAUCCUUGGCUCAGGGCCCGGGUCGUGUCCCCUGUCUGUGCCCAUCUCUAUUAAAGGACUCCCUCGUGGUGGGCCUGGCGCGUUCCUCCUUCGUGAUCCGCCCACGCUCCGACCUGGGAGGGGCAACUGUUCCCAGCCAAGGCCCGGCUAUCCCCGCCCCUUGUGAGUUUCCUUGUCCCUGGAAUUUUCCAAAUUGGCAUCAGCUAGAAAGCUAUUUUGUGAAUUGUUGCCAGGGCCAGGAGACACAUUUGCCACCACGUCACAUUCAUGGACAUUUCUGGGGCCAGAAUGUAGGCUCUGCCCCUGGGAGGACGCCCCUCCCCCCCUCCCAGUUCAAAGAGGCUUAGGAACCCUGCAGGAGAGGGCAAGGGAAACCUGCCUUAGGGGAGGGACACAUGGCUCUGAGUUGCCCAUUUGGGACUCCAGUUGUGGGUCACCUUGUCUCUCUCAGAAUCCUGUGUUUCCAGCUUUUCUGGCUUAGGAGCAGCACAGUGUGCAGUACCUUGCUGUAGGCCUAGUUUAUCCAGAAGCCCAGCCCAGAUGUGGGGAGGGUGGAGAUAGACAGACUCCAGCUGAGUUCUUCACAGCCCACUCAGCCUGUGGUGGACAGGUCGACCUGGAGGGGGAGGGCCAGCAUAAAGGGGUGCUGUCUGUGGUCUGGCAGGACAUCAAUGUACCCUCAGCAUGUGCUCCCAGGUGGAACGGGGAAAUCAGAAGCUGGAUAUGAGCCUAAACCUACAAGGUACUCAAUAGUCCCUCCCAUAGAAGGAUGGAUAAGGGACAGGGUGACAUCAGGAAUAUCACAGCUGUAGAACAGGGACGAGAGCCCUGACAUCCCAAAGACUCAGUGUAAUGUCAUUCUUACAAAGCUCAAUGCCAAAUGCAUUUUUAAACAGAACUUACAUAUAUAACAAAAUUAUGAAGAAUCCACACAAUUAUUACAGCCCUACCUGUGGCGAUGGAACACGUACACAUUUGUGACAAGUGAAGAUUAUGACAGUCUGACCCUCAAGGGCAAGUAGAGGCAUGAUGGGUUUUCUGUAAUGAUGUGUCAUGAUUUAAAAGCCAACUAGACUUCAACACCUCACCCAAGAGCAGCAGAAUGUUCUUCUCAAGAGCACAUGAACAGUCUCCAAGAUAGUACACCUCAGAUCACAAAACAGGUCUCAAAAAAUGGAAAAGCUGGGAAUCAUCAAAAACCUCUGACCACAGUAGAGUGAAGUGGGAAAGCUGUGGAAAUGAACAACUAAAAACUCAAAGAACAAAAUCACAAAUUAGAUAUUUUGACACAGAUUAAAACAAGACACCUAAAAUUUUGAGAUGCAUGGGAGAGUGUCCAGAGGUAUAUUUAUAGCUGUAAGCGUUUAUGUUUAAAAAAGGAGGGCUCUAAUAAUGUAACUACACCUCCAAAAACUAGAAAAAUAAAUCCAAAAUUAGCAUAAGAAAGUAAUUAAGAUUAGGGCCCACAGAGUCUAGGAAAAGGUUAAAGAAUCAAUGGGAGCAAAAGUUUCUUUGAAAAGCAUCCAUGAACAAAACUCAGAUUGACUAAGGAGAAAAAACACAACUGAGGUCACAAAUGAAAAUAGGGGAAUUACUACCAGCCCUACAGAACUAAAGAGAACAUUGCAAUUGUACAUAAAUAUUCCCCCUCUUGUACAUAUCUGUAUUUUUGUAUACACUCCUUUGUUGUUGCCAACUUUAGGAAGCAUGUUGCAAAUAGACACUUCAUCCCUAAAUACUUCAACAUGCCUCUUGGAAAAAUAAGAAUGUCCUCUUACAUAAACUUAUUUCCGUGAUCACCUAAGAAAAGGGACAGUAAUUCCAUUGCAUCAUUGAUUCAAAUGCCCCCAACUGUUCAAAAUACCAUUUAGAACUCCCCCCCCCCCAAUUUGGGGCAUUCCCUCAAGGUUGGCAUUUUACAUCUGGUGUCUUCAGCCUUUUAGUCUAAAAAAUGCCUUUUUCCCCCCUUACAAUGAUUUUUGUUUUGAACGGUGCAAGCAAGUCAUCUUACGGUCUGUCCUGUGUUGUGACUUGCUUAAUUGCUUCUUCCUGGUGUCGCUCUCCCUUGUACCCUUGUAUCCUUUGUACACCAUACACCCUCUGUCCCCUUGUCCUCUGUAUUCCCUGUGAUUUACAAUAGGGUUAGGACUUGAUUAAAUGUCCUUGGUCAGAGGAGGUCAUUAUUUUUAACCCUUUUUCCUAAGAGACUGAAGCUCCACAGGACAGGGACUAGAUCUCUGUGUUCUGAUUUAUUCCAGUGCUGGCAACGUUUGUCAGUUAAAUUAAUCAAGGAACACAUGAAGGCUGUGACAGAGGCAAUUGGACUGGUCCAUUCCACUGGUAUCAUCAUCUGCUUCCAGUGUACUCAAGUCCUGUUUGUGUUCCCACUCAGCUUGUGGCUGUCCUCUGCUAGGAACAGGGCCACUGGAGGACAGUCAGCAGG